AAACAUUUCAAUAGAAGAAGAAUACAUAAUUCAUAAAUCCUAACCUUGUUGAUUUAUUUUUGCAUAUUCGAUUCUUUUUUAAAUCAUGCGAAUAACAAAUUAUCUUUUUACCAGAGUCGGAAAAUGGUCGAAACAAUAUUCCAAUUUGCCAGACAGGUAUAUUAAAAGGGCGAUGGAGCAAGUUUAUUGGAGAAAUCCAGAAGGAAUACAGUACAAACCAAACACAGUAGUUCAGCGUAAAAAAUUUCUAUUUUCAGUCCACAGGCCUUGGACUGCACAAUUCAGGCAAGACAACGCCCCUGGAAAGCUACAUGCGAAGAUUUUUGUGGAGCCUAUAAAAGAGUGGAGCCACUUUCGUGGUGACAGAGUUCAAAUAUUAGUAGGCAAGGACAAGGGAAAACAGGGUGUCAUCAAAGAAAUUAUUCAAGAACGGAAUUGGGUCAUUGUUGAGGGACUGAAUUGUGAACUCAAACAACUGGGCCAAAAAGAAGAUUUUGCAGGUGUUUGGAUAAAAUCUGAGAAACCUUUACUGGUAACAACGGAAAUUUCGUUAGUUGAUCCCUCUGAUCUUGCCCCAACUCCCAUUGAAUGGAGAUACACUGAAGACGGGCAAAGAGUAAGAGUUUCCACCAGGACAGGAAGAAUAAUACCUUUUCCUGCUUCUAUGGAGGAAACAAUAGAUUAUAAGACUAAAGGUACCUACAAGGAACAACCGAAAGAUACCACUGCUGAUGCCAUUAGUGAAAUUACCUUUGAACCUGCCUUGAAGACAUUUGAAAUGGAUAUCAUGGAAAAAAUGGGUAUCAGAGAAGAAAGAAUCCCACCUAAAUCUUAUUGGUACUGAAGGGUGUUUGUUGAUUGAUGUUUUAUGUCGACUGACAUAUACGAAAUCUUGAUGUUCUUUUCUCUGAAAAAGGGUUAGAAGGUCUCAUUUUGAGAGUGUCAAAAUGAAAAUAUAGAUUUACAUUAUUGUUUGUAACUUUUUAGUAUGAUAUACACCUUUCUUACUGUUU